CUUUGACUUCGAAUGGAAUGGUCAAUCUGUAGCGGCGCCCGCCCCAGUGGCGUUGCCCUAGCGAUCGCUCGGCCUGCACGCACGUUGAUCUCAUAUGUAAUUAUUAAUAAUAGAGAGAUGAGGGUAGUAGUUAUACAGGAAUCUGGCAUGUCUGCUUCUGGAUUAGUGUGGGAGGCUCGCCGCUCUGUCCUCACCCUUGCCUCACCUCGCCAUGCAUGUUUGGUUAACGAGAUCCAGUCAAAUAAGAUGGCUCCGAGACAUAGCUGCACGUUCGAGGCUGCUCACGGCCGCCAACACAAGCGGGGUAACAUGGCUGUUGCUGCCUCGUUAAUAUAUAAAAUCCGGCGCUUCGGUUUUCUUUAUACGUAGGCUCCUUUGUGAUCUUCC